GCAACGUGGGGCUCUUGAGAGCCAUUUGUUCCAUUGAAACCUGAACACAGAAAUAAAACCAGAUGAAGCAAUAUCUAUCCAUUGUGUUGUGCGAGAGAAGGUGAGGGAAAAGGCAUGACAAUGGUAAGUGGUAGUAGCAUAAGGCAGCAGAGUGUGUGCUCAAGUGUGAAGCUGAGAGGAACAGGAUUGAAUUUCCAUCUUCCUUUGCCUUCUCACCACUCCCUCAUUCCUAUAUACCACAACACCCAUCCUUCUCCUGUGCUUCGCACUCGCUUUCAUCUUACUGUGGUCGUACCUAAAGCUUCCGCUGGAAGCUACAGCCUCGCGAAUGACGAUGGAGUCUCUCUUGGCACCAUGAAGCUGCCUAACAACUUAGACCUCCAGAGAUUUGAUUCACUUCUGUUUCAGUGGGCAAACAGUCUAUGCCAGGGAGCCACUUUACCACUUCCCAUGCCUCUCAAGGUGGACAAAAUACCUGGUGGAGCAAGGUUGGGAUUUAUAGAAAUUGGAGAUGGUGAAACAGAAGUUCUUUGGUAUAUUGACUGUUUGGUUUUUCGACCAAAUGAAAGUUCGGCUCCAAUUUUCAUUGCCACCAGAAAUGGCCCCUUAAAAAAUAAGGUGCCACCCGGUGAGCCUAGAAUCAUGAGGAGCCUUAUGGAAGCUCUUAAGAAGUCGGUUCAAAUCGCCACAUUAUGAAGCUUUUUAUUUUUAUUCUUCUCCCUAAUGUAAUGUACUUUUAGGGUUUUUUGAGCUGACAAGUGAAAACUAUCCUAAAUGAAGUCUAAAUUUGAUGUA